AUGUAUAUGUAUACCAUAACCUCAAGCCUCCAGACCUGCAUUCCUAGAAACAGACCCUUCAUAAGCAUUCCAUUAGAUACAAGUGCAAGAGAAACCCUCCUAACCAUCAUGAAUCCUUCAACCAAGGACAACAACAGCUCCAAUUCUAAGAACUCCUAUUUACAGAACACCAAAGUGAAACAUGAACUCUCCAACCGCAAAUCACUCAUCGACAAUCGAUCAGUAAACAGAAACGCAAGAGGAACCGCUCUCAGAUUCCAAAACAAAGGUAAUAAACAUAGAGAUAAACCAGAUGAUAAUAGCAGUGAUGAUGAGCGAAAUGUUGAUGAAAAGAAUACAAGCCGCGACAAUGAAUGGAAGAAUGUGACAAAUCAGGAUGUCAUUCCAGAAAAAAUACAAUUCAGAUCGGGAUCACGAAACCCUGGUUCACAGCUAAAUCCAAAUUAUACAGAACCUAUAGAUUAUUUCAAUUCAUUAUUCACUGAUGAAUUGAUCAAGAACGUGGACCGUCAGUGUUCUCGUAGAAUAUAUAGCAACAGUGAAACUAGCGAAGUAUCGCAAGAUCAAGAGAACAAUAGUGAUACUGAGGAAUCUUUGAACAAUUUCCAUGAAGUUACUGUGACAAAUGAUAGACAAUAUAAUCAGCGCCCAUUAUUUUUGGAAACCACGGGUCCUAAACAUAUGCCACCGAACAAUUCGAAACCUAUAGAUUAUCUCAACUUAUCUUUUAUUCAUGAAUUUCUGGACAAAUUGAAAAUUGAAACAAAUCGCUACGCAAUAUUUUUCACCAAUAGCAAAGUACCAGAUGGAUCCAGAACAGUAGACUGGAAGAAAACCACAAUCCCAGAGUUGAGAGCUUUCAUAGCCGUUCUUGAAAUGGAAAUUACCUUUUUUUCAUGUGGACAACACCUUACCAGCACGGUAUAUAGCCAUGAAUAUGAUCCAGCAACGAAAUUUGAACCUGUUGUUGCUCAUGCAAAUAAGAAAUUCAAACUUUACUAUUCACCUAGUCAGCAUUUGAGCAUAGAUUCAUUAGUAGGCACAAAAAGUAGAUCAGCAGAUCAACGUGACAAAGUUGAAAUAAAAGAAAAAGAUCUUGCUCAUGUUGUAAUACACAAAUUACUGAACAUGGGUAAUUACUUUAUGAAAGGAUACCACAUAGUAGCCGACAAUUUUUUUACAAACAUUACAUUAGCAAGAUUUCUGUUUGAGAAACACACAUUUUUAACCGGUACAAUACGCAGCAACAGAAAAUAUAUUGCACCGCAUCUCAAACAGAAAUUACAAGUGGGCGAAUAUAAGUAUUUCCGAAAUCGGGAAAUAUUAUUAUUAGCAUAUAGAGAGAAAAAAAUCACAGAAAAAAAAAUGUAUCGACGUCUCAGAUAUGACGCUUUGCGCUUAUUUGGACGAGAGAAGAACUUUGAAAUUUUGGAAAAAAGUUGUUUUUUCCAUUUUUUCACGAAUGGUUUUGAAUGCACAUAUCUUGUACCAAAUGAAUACAGAAGAGAAAAUUAUGACUCGACUGGAAUUCAUAAGCAAUAA